AUGAAAUCUGAUAAAUUGUCGACAAGUAGUUUUGAUCGACCAAAACUACUUUUAUUUAGAUUUCUUGCUCAUCAAAUUCAUCCAUUUGCUUAUGCUGUGAAUACUUUUCUUCAGCCGGCUCUUGAUGAUUGUCGAAUAUUGUUACAUAGUAAUCCACAAGAUACAUUUAAUAUUUUAUUAUCACUUACACAAACGUUUAUACGUUUCGCACCUGAUUCAGAAUUAAUCUAUGAUGAUAUUCAACAAUUUGCAAGAAAACUUAAAGACGCUAUUGAUGAAUGUUUCACAUGUCUUGAUCAAGAUACGAUUCAACAAUCAUCACAGUUACUUCAUUCAACUCAUCAAAGUCUUUUAGCUAUUAUUCAACAACAAAAUAAUGAUAAUACUAGUUAUACAAAUAUGUAUAAAAAUAUGUCUGCAGUAUUAACAAAUCUUCAAAAAAUAAAUUCAUUACCAAUAGAAAUACAAAAUGUAUCAUCAAGUCAAAAUCUUGAUGCAACAAUUCCAGUUGAAAUAGCAAACAAACAAGAAACAACAAAGAAUAUGAAUGGGCAUUUAGUAGAUUCACACGAGCAUAAUGGACAAACGAAUGGUUAUCAUAGUAUUGCUGUUACAAAUGGACUAACGACGAAUCAAUCACAAAAAUCACCUACAGUUUCAUAUCAGCCAACACAAAAUUCUAUGGUUCCGUCAAGUACGACAUCAAUUACAACAAAACUUAUGAACCAAAUGAAAAAUAUAAUGAGCUCUGAAAUCCCUAUAACAACAGUUCCUAAUGUAACAUCAACAUCAGCAUCACAAGCAAUGUCUACAAUAUCGUAUUUAAGUGAAUAUGAAAUAACAGAUACAAUGGAGCAGAUAAUUAAAAAACCAACAGCAACUAUAGCUUCUUUUCCACCACGGCAAUUAUCAACAACUGAUACUCAAUCAAAAUUAACUACAGUUAAUAAAGAUGAAAAUUUGAAUAGACCUGAUGCUGAAACACCUUCAUAUGAAAAUGAUAUUCAAUUUGGUACUACAUUCAAAGCACAAACAAUACCAACACUAUCUGCUAAUCGUGAUGAUGAAGAUAAUGAUGAAAAAGCUCGUCAAUAUUAUUUAGAUCCAUAUUUUUGUGAUCCAUAUAUAGCUAAUUCGAAGUAAAUUGAAGAAUUUAAUAGAUAUACUUUAUUUAUUUAUUUUUUUAAAUAAAAUAGUUGGCAACCAACUAAAGAUUAUCUUUCUAUC